AUGCGGGCCGCAGAUAAAGACAGCCGGAAGCUGAAAGAUGACACGUCGAGAUUUAUCCCGACUACGCGUUACAACACGAAGAGGAGAGAUAGCCCAGCAAUAACUACACUAUGGUCUUCAUACCGAUUACAAGUCCUGAGAAAUAACCACCGCACAAGAGCCCGUCCCUUCAGGCCGAGACUGGACAGCAUCACCGAACUGGACGAAGAGCACGCGGCUUGUUGC